AUGGUUGAUCUGGAUUCUGUGACCAACUCGUCCGUCGGCCGCGUCGGCUCCUCUAAAGUGCCCGGCCCGUUCCUGUGGUCUGUAUCGCCACUCCCACUCCUGUUGAUGUCAUGGUCGAGCACGCCGCACAAACAGAUCCUGGCCUUGCACAAGAGGUACGGCGACGUUGUCCGCACAAGCCCAGACUCAGUGUCAUGCCUCCACGCAACAGCAUGGAAAGAAGUGUACGGGCAUCGUAAGCCCGGUCAACCAGAGAACCUCAAGCACCCAGGCUUCGUAGCCGAAGUCGCCUCAGGCAUCAUCGGGGCCGACACAGAAUCUCACACGCAUCAACGUCGUCUGCUAGCGCCCGCGUUCUCUGGGCAAGGCAUACAGCGCCAGGAGCAUAUCAUCCGCCACCAUAUCGACCAACUCUUCAGCUAUUUUGGGGAGCACUGCGCCGAAGGUCAACCCCUGGACCUAGCCAAGUGGUUCAACUUCUUCUCGUUUGAUGUCAUUGGCGAUCUCAGCUUCGGCGAGCCUUUUGCGAAUAUGGAGCGGAGGGAGUUUCAUCCAUGGGUUGCGACAAUAUUGGAGUUCUUCGUUGCGCAGCAUGACAUGGCACACUUCCGGCGGGCGUAUCCGUUGUUGGAGGCGAUGAUAAGCCCGUUUGUUAGAAUGUUUGCCAAGAAGAUCAUUGCGAAGCAUAAUCUGUUCAUGCGUACUCAAGUUGCGAAGCGUUUAGCUUUGGAGCCUAGCCGGCCGGACUUCAUUGAAGAGAUGAAAUCCGACAAUGCUCAGGGAAGAUGCGUGAGUGCAUCCACAAUGCUCUCUUGGUCCCAAUCCCGCUCAAGGAUCUAA